GCGUCUUCACGACGGUCAGAAAUGUCAAAACAAAUCAAUUAGCUGCAUAAUGUCUAAUAGGGGAGCAAUAAAAAAGACUUUCGAAUCAAAGACUGGACCCAUACCCCAUUCUCAAGUGAAAACAAAAACCCACAGAAGUCAAGAUACUUUAGAGCGAACCUCAAAAGCCGAAGUUGAAAAAGAAAAAGAAAGACGUCGGGUUGAUCAAAAUGCAGGUAGAGAUAGUAAAUCAAAAUCAGCUCAAAACCCAGUUAAUCAUUCCUCAACUAAAAGUACUACUAGAAACAGUAGUACACUCUCUCAUUCAAAAUCCACCCUUAAAAAUGGGGCAUUUCCAACAUCCAAAGCGCCUCUUUAUAAUUCCACGAAAACAUCAACCUCCAGUAGAGCGACAUCUUCUAGAACAAAAUCUGAAAUUGAAAAUCAAUUAUCGAAAAACACUAGACCAACAGAAAGAAGUAAAUCUAAAGAGGUGAAGGCUAAAAAUGUAGAAAAGAGAGGCUCAAGUACUAUUUACAUGCCGAAAAGCAAUGCAAGUAAACUUAGUUCUUUAACAACGAAGCAAUCUGUUGAAUCUAAUACUUCAGAAAUGAGAAAAUACACUGAUAAAAAUGAUAUGCUUAAAGAAAGGCAGGAACAGAAAAGGCAAUCGUCUAGAGAACGAAGAAAAUCUAGAACUUUGAGUCCUAGUGAAGUUAGAGUUUUGCAUACUGCAGUCGGACCCAGAAAACAAGUGGAGAAACAGUCAGGAGAAAUUGAAGACGCAGCAAAAGCUGAUUCUGAUGAGGAUUAUGACUACGAAGAUGAUUUUGAAAGUUACGAAUCAGAUUUUGAAGAAUGUACAGAGAGUGAUGCUUCGCCAAUUAGUGAAGAGACAGAAGAAUCUAGAAAUAGUCCUGUUUUAGAACCGAUUGAAAUGAAAACAAUGGAAAAAGUAAGAAGAAUUGUGAGUAGUUACGAAAUUCGAAAACCUGAAGAGGAACGUAUGCUGGAUUCUGGACAUUAUGAACUGGCCGAGGCGAGAAGAAGAGCAGCAAAAAUUGAAUCAAUGUCAGUUGAAUCAGUGCCCAUCAGUAGGCCAAAAACUCCGCCUCUCCCGGAAUUAAUUCAACCAGUUAACCAGUCAUUUAGAGAAGAGAAGCAGUCUGAAAAUAAAUCUCUGCCAUUGUCGAUGGACGAAGGCUUCGAAGAUGGUCGGUCUGGAGAUUUUGCGAAAUCUCCCCCUCUUUCACAAUUUUCUGAAUCUUCUAAAUUAUUUAAACCGAUCAGGAAGAGAAAAGAAUCGAAGAAAUUGAGUAGAGGCAGAGAAUUAAUGACGAUGAUUAAAUUGGAUACUGUGGAAUGGUCUUUAUAUGAAAGCGCGCCGAUUGCCUAUGAGGAAUUCAUUAGAAAUUACGGAAAAAUAAAUACGCAACAGAUGUCAACGCAAACAAAUGAGGACAACCUUGAUAUAGACAUACAAACGGAGGCAAUAGAGAGUAGCAACAAAUGGACACAGUUUCCAAUUACUUGUAGAAAAAAUCUGAAAUCUAAUGAAGACAUAAGAAUGUUUAAAAAGGAACAAAUUGGAGUUGGGAGUGAAGAAGAUGAAUCAAGUUCGUCUUUGCUUCCAGUAUACGAUGUUGUACAAUUGAACGACUUUUUAGAGAGGGCCGGGAAAGUUAUGCUUUGUUUGUUGGAAGAAAGAAGAUCUGGAGGCAAUAUUCUACAAAAAAAUAUUCACGAAAUGCCUUUUAGCGCAGGAUUUAUCAAACUGUCUGUAGAUACUUUGACUUUUUUAUCUGGAAGAUCUGUGACAUUUAUUGUCUACUCGGAGGUUUUGAAUAAAGUUCUUCUUACUGUUCACGCCCAGGGAGACGAGGAUAUUGAAACGACGAAAAAGGAAGAUUACAUAACUGAUUGUUGUAUCGGAUGUAUUUGGAACAUUUCGGAACCGUCGAGGCCUACAAAAGUUAUUUAUUCUCAGAGUCCCAUCACUUCGUGUUGCUUUCAUCCAACUAGUUACAAUCUUGUUUUUGCUGGAUUGCAAGAUGGGUCAAUUAAUUUAUGGGAUUUGAAAGAGGAUGAAAUGUGGCAUCAAAGGGUGACGGAUAAAGACAAUGAAAUGGAUUGGGUGUUACGCUCACCGACUUACACAACAGCAGAAAAUUUUGAACUUGGACACAAAUCUGAAGUUGUGGCCUUGCGUGUUCUAUCUAAAAUAGACAAUGAUUACUUAGAUCGUGUUAGCAAUAAGUUUUUACCUAUUCAAAUAUGUAGUUUAGACGAAGAAGGUAGUUUAAUCAUAUGGAGCGUUUUACACACAAUGACAAAAAAUAUCCAAGAUAUAGGAUUAUCGCACUGGGGCGAUGUGAAACUUGUAAAAAGCCAAGAAGUGCCUUUAUUCUUACAAAAAAGCGAGACCGAAAAUAAUUUAAGGGGAUUUUUCGAUAUGAAUAUCGAUAGCGUAGACAAUAACGAUAUUUAUUUAUCUACAAAUACUAAUAAUAUUUUACACGCAAGUUGUAUUGGUAGAAAAACUAAUCCAUUUUCUUAUAAAGCAGAUGAAUUAGAUUGGUGUGGAAACGCAACUUGUAUCGAAAGAUGUCCUUUCAAACAUUCUUUCUUUUUAGUUGGUUGUGAAGACGGAACGGUUCGCCUUCACUCUCUGAAUGUAGAAAAAUCUCUUCUGCAAUUGAAGGACGAUCAUUGCAUUUCUGCAGUGAAAACAAUUCAGUGGUCGAAGUCUAAGCCAUUUACGCUAUUUGUGUUAGACGAUCAUUCGCAAAUUCACGUUUGGGACUUGACCAAUAGUGAUAUUUUUCCUACCUAUACAAUAUCGACCAAAAAAUGGGAACGCGUAAAAAGUCUUCGCCUUUCGCCCUGCAAUUCUAUUCGGGAUAUGGUCAAUCAAUAUUUGGCCAUUGGUACCGAGACUGGAAGUGUAGAAGUUCACAAAUUAAAGAAGGAUUUCUACUAUUCUCAGCAGGAAGAAUUCUUAGAAGAAAUGAACAUGUUUUUACGAUACGUCGCAGUUUUAUAAUUAAAUAUUUUAACUCAGUUAUUCCUCAAGAAAAUCAGUGAAAAUAUUUUAUUAGAAUAAUCGAUCUUAUAAGACUGUUACAUUGUUUUACCCUUGACUUUAAUUACACUUAUUGCAGUUUUAAUCCAGUAGCUGAAUAUUAUUGGAAAAACUCAGUUUCGAAUUUCUAGUCAAUUUAACACUUAUGUGCACUAGUAACUUAUUUUUAGGUCUAAUUUUUUUCGCGCGAAACUACGCUUUUUCUUCGUUUUUUUAUUGUUGUUAAAAAUCGAACUAGUGUUCAUGUAUCAUGCAAAUUCAAUUGUUCUUAUCAUAAUAAAAAUAAUAUUUAAAACAAA